AUUUGCAUAGAAGUUGAGCAAUUUUCCGAGGUAUCUGUGCCGUUUUGUUUCAACCCUUUUCCUUCUUCUCCAUAUCUCCCUCCUCGCUACAACCUACGCCGUCGAACCCUCUCCGCCGCAGUCCGACACUGGCAUCCUCCAUCAGCAACGCCCGUUUCUUCCUUCUCUUCCUAUCUCCCUCUCUGCUGCAACCUCGCCGGAACCCACUACUGCCCAUCGCACUGCUCAUCGCCAAGUCUUCACGAAAAGAACAGGAUGAUCAGGGCUGCCGCUUGCUUGUAUACACCAGCUUCUCACUUUGUGGACUAGUAUGCUUUCUUCACUUUUUGAAAUCUGAAGCGUACGUAAGAAAAAAUUCAAUAACUUUGUUUUCAACAACUUGACAGAAUGAGCCAUUAUCGAGCUCGCCACUCAAGAACCCAAUUGACUGAAUUUGAUUUUGAGCCUUUAGAGACCGCAAACAAGCCAAAUGUCUCUCUUAACUGCCCAGAGUGCUGUUCAUCUGCUUCGGCGCCUUGGAAGGACUGGCAUGGUCGAUGAGGCGCUUGCUGCAUUUUCUACUCUCGAUUCACAUGCGAAAAACACAAAAGUUCGUAAUGUGAUCAUUGCUUUGCUUCUGAAAUCUGGGCGAGUUGACAAUGCAUUGAAUGUGCUCGACGAAAUGCUUCUUCCAGGUUCGGAGUUUCGACCCAAUGAUAGAACUGCUGAUAUUGUUUUCAAUAAAUUGUUGGAGAAGAUGAAUGGGCCGGAGGGGGGAGCCAAGGAAGAUGAAAUUGCUGGGUUGGUAGCCAAAUUUGGUAAACAUAACGUUGUCCCAAAUACCAUUACAUUGACGCAGUUGAUCACGAAGCUUUGUUGGAAUAGAAAUACAAAUCUUGCAUGGGAUGUUUUAGAUAACGUGAUGAUGUUGAAUGGUCUUAAGGAUGCUGCACCCUGCAAUGCACUUUUGACAGGAUUGGGAAAGGCAAGGGAAUUUGAGAAGAUGAAUCUGUUGAUGCGAAAGAUGAAAGACAUGAAUAUUCAGCCUAAUGUUAUUACUUUUGGUAUCCUUAUCAACCAUUUGUGCAAGUUCAGAAGGAUUGAUGAUGCAUUAGAGGUGUUUGAGAAAUUGAAAGCGGAAAAAGAGGAGGCCAAGGAUGUUGCACCUGAUGUAAUCAUGUACAAUACUUUGAUUGAUGGGCUCUGUAAAGUGGGGAGGCAAGAAGAAGGAUUGCGCUUGAUGGGAAUGAUGAGAUUAGAUGACUGUGCACCCAAUACCGUUACGUACAAUUGUUUGAUUGAUGGGUAUUGUAAGUCAGGUGAAAUUGAGAGAGCUCAUGAGCUCUUUAAUCAGAUGGUAAGUGAACAAGUUGUGCCGAACAUAAUUACCGUCAAUACUUUAGUCAAUGGAAUGUGCAACCAUAGCAGAAUAAGUAGUGCAGUUGAGUUCUUCAGGGAAAUGCAGCAGAAGGGUUUGAAAGGAAAUUCUGUUACUUACACGGUGUUCAUUAAUGCUUUUUGCAAAGUCAACAAUAUGAACAAAGCAAUGGAAUUUUGGGAUGAAAUGUCCAAAGAUGGAUGUUUGCCUGAUGUCAUUGUGUAUUAUACUUUGAUAUGUGGUUUAGCCCAAGCUGGAAGGUUGGAUGAUGCCAACUCUGUUGUGUCAAAGUUGAAAGAGGCAGGGUUCUGUCUAGAUCUUGUUUGCUACAAUAUUCUUAUCAGUGAGUUUUGUAAGAAGAAGAAAUUAGAUAGAGCUUAUGAAUUGUUGAAUGAAAUGGAGCUGGUUGGAGUUAAGCCUGAUUGUGUAACAUACAACACUUUGAUUUCCCACUUUAGUAAAAUUGGGAAUUUCAAAUUAGCUCACGAAUUUAUGAAAAAGAUGACCAAGGAGGACGGUCUUUUACCCACUGUCUUCACUUAUGGAGCUCUUAUUCAUGCCUAUUGCUUGAACAAUAACACUGAUGAAGCCAUGAAGCUUUUCAAGGAAAUGAGUGCUACAUCAAAGGUUCCUCCUAACACAGUAAUAUACAAUAUAUUGAUUGAUUCUUUAUGCAAAAGGAAUGAAGUCAAUUACGCUCUUUCCCUAUUGGAUGAUAUGAAAUUUAGAAGGGUGAAGCCGAACACCACAACAUACAACACUAUUUUCGAAGCCCUUAGGGAGAAGAAUUGGUUGGACAAAGCAUUCAAACUUAUGGAUAGAAUGGUUGAGGAGGCGUGUAAUGCCGAUUAUAUAACAAUGGAGAUUUUAACCGAAUGGCUUUCGUCAGUUGGAGAAACUACAAAAUUGAAGUUGUUUACACAGGGAUACAGUGUUUGUGAUUCUGCAGCCUAAAGUCUGCAAGCAUGAAGUGCGUUCUUUUGAUUAGUCGACAUGCUUAACGGUAAACAGCCGAGAUUUUCUCAUGGCAUGAUGUUAUCUGGAUUCGUUUGUGUAUUUAACGAUCUCUCAAACGUCUUUAAGAGGAGUAUUGACAAAGGAUUGUUAUUCUCCUAGUUUCUUUGCAUCAAGAUUAUACCUCAUUCAAUGCUGAGAAAGUUUGGACUUUUUCUUGUUUCUGAUAACAUUCCAUGGAGGCAGAAUCAUCAAUUUGUUAAUAUU